AUGCCUACGUUCAUAUCUCGCACUACUGAAUGCCACGAUGCCAGCUUUCCUCCUUUUCAACUCGUUAACGCAGAAGUGGAAGAAGUUCCCUCAGGGGAUCUCGUGCCUGGUGACGUUAUCUGCGUACCAGCGUCGGGAUGUCUCAUGACCUGUGAUGCAGUUCUCACUGCAGGCAACUGUCUCGUCAAUGAAAGCUUACUGACAGGCGAGAGCGUGCCUGUGGUGAAGACGCCCUUGCUGCCAAGUUAUGAGGAAUUCUCCGCCGAGCACCAUCGACGUCACGUGCUAUUCAGGGGAACGCAGGUGCUGCAGACGCGCUACUACGGCAACAACCGGGUCACCGCUCUUGUGGUGCGGACAGGUUUCUCCACUGCGAAAGGAGCACUGGUGCGCUCCAUCCUGUUCGCCCAGCCAGCUCCAUUCCGAUUCUACAGGGAUGCUAUUCUCUUCGUGCUGCUGCUAUUUGCUGUGGCCAGCGUUGGCAUGGUCUAUACUCUCUACCUUUACAUCAUAAGACAGGUAAGCUUGCGAGAGACCGUGCUUCGUGCCCUGGACAUCGUUACUAUCGCCGUUCCCCCUGCACUGCCAGCCGCCAUGACAGUGGCAUCGGUGUACGCACUAAAACGGCUCAGGCGGGCUUCAAUCUACUGCGUCAGUCCACACAGGAUCAACACGGCGGGAAACAUCGACGUCGUCUGCUUCGACAAGACAGGGACCCUUACAGACGGAGGACUGGAACUUUGGGGCAUGCUGAUGGCAAAAGAAAAGAGGUUCAAUUCACCCAUCAGUGAGCCGUGCGAGAUUCCUGUCCGCAGCCCCUUCCUGAUUGCCAUGGCAACCUGCCAUACACUAACCUCUGUAGGCAGUGAGCUAGUAGGAGACCCGCUGGACCUCGCCAUGUUUCGCUCAACACACUGGCUUAUGGAGGAACCAGCAAGAGACAGCAACCGCUAUGACGUCUUGACGCCAACCAUAAUCAAGCCUUGCUUGGAUGGGGAUAAAAGCAAGCAGCAGGAGCACCUCUUCCAACUUCCCUCGGCAGACCCUGCUUACGAGGUGCCUUUCGAGGUGGGCAUCAUCCGGCAGUUCCCGUUCUCGUCGUUCCUACAGCGCAUGAGUGUAGUGUGUCGCACGCUGGGCAGCCGCCACAUGGAGCUGUACGCGAAGGGUGCUCCAGAAGUGAUGCAUGCUCUCUGCAAGCCUGAAACAGUGCCAGCGGAGUACUACGAAAUGCUUCGUGGAUACACGCUUGAGGGUUUCCGAGUUGUUGCCGUGGCCUACAGACGCCUGGAGAAAAUGACUUGGCAUCACGUGCAAAGAGUGAACAGGUUGCAAGUGGAGAAUGACCUAACGUUCCUCGGCUUCCUUAUCAUGCAAAACAUGUUGAAGCCAGAUGCCACACCCGUGAUCGGCACGCUCCAUGGCGCUCAGAUCAGAUGUGUGAUGGUCACAGGGGACCACUUGAUGACAGCGCUAAGCGUGGCACGCGAUUGCGACAUGGUUUCUGGUCUGUCGCGUGUCACUAUUCUGACCGCCACUGCUGACCAUGAGUGUUCGACUGCCACCGUGGACUUCAGUGAUGUGUUAUCGGACAGAAGUACGCAACUUAAGAGCGUUCGUCCCACACUGCCGACAAGAAAGAAAAAGCGCCUCCCUGAACGGCCGGUAGUCGUCAUGGAUGACGUCCACAUUCCUGAGGAACACAAGAGAGUGCUUCAGCUGGGCCCAAAGUUUUGUUUGGAGCCACACCUACGGGCCAUCGAUAAGGUCGCCUUGGCAAGGUCGGUGUCCAACAAGGUCAAGGAAGAAGACAAAUCUAGGUGUAUCACAGAGGUCCCCUCUACUGCUUUUGAACGAGCGGAGGCAGUGCAGUUUGCAGUGGAUGGUCACUCCUUCGCCGUCUUACGUGCGCAUUUCCCUGACGUCUACGAAAAGCUUCUUGUGAAGGGAGUCGUCUUCGCUAGAAUGACACCACAGCAAAAGGUUGAGCUCGUGGAAGAUCUUCAGUCCAUUGGAUACGUGGUCGCAAUGUGCGGGGACGGAGCCAAUGAUUGCGGCGCUCUGAAGGCGGCAGAUGUGGGCAUUUCUUUGUCGGAAGCUGAGGCCUCAAUCGCCGCUCCUUUCACCUCAAGAACACCCAGCGUGUCGUGUGUUCCUACUCUGAUCAGGGAAGGCAGAUGUACUCUUGCUACAUCGUUCUCCAUGUUCCAAUUCAUUUCUCUGUACAGCAUCAUUCAAUUUCUAUCUGUCAUACUUCUGUAUCACGUGCAAACAAACUUUUCAGACCCAAUGUUUCUCUACGUCGACUUAUUUGUUAUCACGUCACUGGCUGUUACAAGUUAUGUUAUCUUCAUCCUCGACGCGUUUGUCAACCGCUGUGACAAGGAAGAAAUCGGUGAUCACGGUCCACAAUGCGCCCCCGACCCGCUUCCUCCAACCGGAAAAACUGAAAGCCGCAUUUCCAGAGGCAAGAACUGCGCCGUCGUCGAAAUGCUCAAUUCCUCGCGCUUCACCUGCUAA